AGCAUGCCAUUCCCCACUCGGCCAGAGGACGGGACACGGUGAGGAGUUGCUGUGCUGCUUAUUCUACCCCUCUCUCCUGUCGUCACCCCCAUGGUCCUUGUUGUUUAGUUGCCUUUUAUUUGUUCGUUUACACAAUUAGCUAAUUCCAGUCAUGUAUCGUUAUUUCGGGGAGCUGCUUAGCCGCUCUGCGGGUAGCGCCCUGGCCUCUGGGUGCGUGGAUUCUGCUCUCCCGGUCUCCUCGUCCCUGAUGCGGGUCCGUCACUAUGCCGACGCAGCGGACAAGCCUGACGACCCCAACUUCUUCAGGAUGGUCGAGGGCUUCUUCGACCGCGGCGCCACCAUUGUGGAGGACAAGCUGGUGGAGGAUCUGAGGACCAGGGAGAGCCCCGAGCAGAAAAGGAACCGUGUGCGGGGCAUCCUGCGCAUUAUCAAGCCCUGUAACCACGUCCUGAGCGUGUCUUUCCCCAUCAAGAGGGAUAACGGAGAGUGGGAGGUUGUGGAGGGCUACCGCGCCCAGCACAGCCAGCACAGGACACCCUGCAAAGGGGGUAUCCGUUACAGUACAGAUGUGUCUGUGGAUGAGGUGAAAGCCCUGGCUUCUCUGAUGACCUACAAGUGUGCUGUCGUCGAUGUGCCAUUUGGGGGAGCCAAAGCUGGAGUCAAGAUCAACCCCAGGAAUUACUCUGACAAUGAGCUGGAGAAGAUUACUAGGAGAUUCACUAUUGAGCUGGCCAAGAAGGGUUUCAUUGGGCCUGGCAUCGAUGUCCCAGCCCCAGACAUGAGCACAGGAGAGAGGGAAAUGUCCUGGAUUGCCGACACAUACGCCAACACCAUUGCACACACUGAUAUCAACGCCCAUGCAUGCGUGACAGGAAAACCCAUCAGCCAGGGAGGAAUCCAUGGACGUAUCUCAGCCACUGGUCGUGGUGUUUUCCACGGCAUUGAGAACUUCAUUAACGAGGCGUCCUACAUGAGCAUGCUGGGCUUCACCCCUGGCUUCCAGGACAAGACCUUUGUUGUCCAGGGCUUUGGUAAUGUGGGUCUCCACUCCAUGAGGUACCUGCACAGGUUCGGGGCCAAGUGUGUGGGCGUUGGUGAGAUUGAUGGAGCCAUCUACAACCCAGAGGGCAUCGACCCCAAACAGCUGGAGGACUACAAACUGCAACACGGCACCAUCGUGGGCUUCCCGGGAGCCAAACCCUACGAAGGGAACAUUUUGGAAGCCAACUGCCACAUCCUGAUCCCUGCUGCAGGAGAAAAGCAGCUCACACGCCUUAAUGCCCCCAGGAUCAAGGCUAAGAUCAUUGCUGAGGGUGCCAAUGGUCCCACCACCCCAGAUGCUGACAAGGUCUUCCUGGAGAACAACGUCAUGGUUAUUCCUGACAUGUACCUGAAUGCUGGUGGUGUGACAGUGUCUUAUUUCGAGUGGCUGAAGAAUCUCAACCAUGUCAGCUACGGGAGACUGACCUUCAAAUAUGAGAGGGACUCAAACUACCACCUGCUCAUGUCUGUGCAGGAGAGCUUAGAGAGGAAGUUCGGCAAACAGGGGGGACCCAUUCCCGUUGUCCCGACUGCUGACUUCCAGGCCCGAGUUGCUGGUGCCUCUGAGAAGGAUAUUGUUCACUCUGGGUUGGCCUACACCAUGGAGCGAUCUGCCCGGCAAAUCAUGCGCACAGCGAGCAAGUACAACCUGGGUCUGGACCUGAGGACGGCCGCCUACGUCAACGCCAUCGAGAAGGUCUUCAAAGUCUACAACGAGGCGGGGCUGACCUUCACAUAAACGGCCAAUCACGACCCACACUUACUCCCCCCCACCCCCCCACCUCCCACCCUCCUGCUAUUGAUCACCCUCUCCUGCCUUCUUCCACCUAUUAAACAGCCUUCAGAACAUAUCACUGUUUACCGCUGCUCUUUCACACUUUCUCACACACACACACACACACACACACACACACAACCACACACACACACACACACAUUUAGAGCGACACAUUGGCUAGCCUGGUAUUUAUCCUGUGAUCUUUGUGCUGCCAUUAUACUGAAUCUGCAUCUCCUUUUUGAAUAUUGUUCUUGUUUCCGUUUUUGAGGUUAUGUUGAGGAAAAAGCAGAAAAAGAGCUACAUCCUGGGAGAGAAAGAAACACCCUGUCCCUCCCUCAGCCCUCGUAUAAAUGUUCAUGAUAUUGUUGUACGGCAGCCAUGUUCAAAGCGCCCCUUUUUGUGAUCGCUGAAUGCAUGUGUGACCCUCCUGCUGUGGUUGUUUCAGUUGUCAGCACUACAGAUGCCUUAUUUCAGAAAGAGGUCUGUUCUAUUAGGGAGCAGUUUAACUUUAAUCAAAAGGGAUUUAGAUUUAACUUUAUGUGAAUAAGAGAAUAGUAAUUUUAUUUCUCUUGAAUUUGUCCUCUCACUCUUUAAGAUGUAAAGGUUAGUAGUGAAGUUGCCAAGGUUUAAGAUUCCCAACAAGGAUUAUUAUUAUUUUUAAUAGGUAGUUUUUACCUUUCAAGUUUCGAUAGAAGCUCUCCCACUCCUUGUUCCUGGCUUUUUUCCCCUCCUUUCCCGUUGCUGUCUCUCAUCUUAAAAGCAGCUUCUCCCCGAUUCCUCCGCUGGCCAAGAAAGGGGAGCAGGGAGGGGGCGAGGUGUCACUGUGACCGCCCGUUCCCUGGUCGAAUGUUCCUCAGUUUUAACCGUCCAGUUCCUCAAAUCGUUUUGGAGGAAAUGACUUUUUAUUUUUAUUUUAUGCAUUUUGUGGAAACCAAUAAAAUGUUCAGAAAACGAUACAACAGUGUGUCAAAUGAGUAACAGGACAGACUGUAAGUGUGUGUGUGUGUGUGUGCGUGCGUGCGUGCGUGCGUGCGAUAGCUCAUGCAACGUCUCUGUUAACCAAAUAUUAAACUUAAAAAAACAACCAAAAUAUUUCUUGGCUGGCAUUUAAAAUAUAUUAUACAAUUAAUUAAUAUGUUCUGGGAGUUGCCUGCUGCACCCUUGUUUUCAUUGACAGGGGUGCAGCUCUUUCUCUUUUAGUACACAUGUUCUCAGGCAUUACAAACAGUAGAAAGACUCUAAGGGAUCCCGAUGCCCAUAGACAUCUUUUUGUGUGUCGAGUAAUCGCCAGUUUGAUUAGUAAAGUAGAAUAUUAUCUAAAAUCAUAAUUGCCUGAAGCUGCCUCCUGUGUCUUUAUUUGUCCUGAAGCCUGGUCCCGUUGAAGGGCCUUGUGUUAAAAUCUAGUUUUAAUAGCUUAAUAUGUUGAUAUUGCUGUAACUGACGCACAGUAGAUGCCUUGUUGAGAGUUACAUGAGAGGACCGAUAGCUGCCUCAUGCCUGUGCGUUAUUGAUCUUGAACUGGCAGGUCAUUACAAUAUGACACAAUAUGCUAAUGAGUGAUCUUUAGAGAAUCUCAUAGGUGUAUUUUUGGCUAGUUUUCCUCUGUUUCCAGUCUUUAUGCUAAGCUAAGUUAGCCACCUCCAAGCACAGACAAAAUGUCUAACCCUUGGUAAAAAAAAAAAAAAAAAAAA